AUGCUGGCGGCCGCGGCGAAGCGCAUGCAGCAGAGCACGCUGCACACGCUCAAGGCCUACGACAAGAGCGAGCACCGGCUGCUGGUCGUGGGCGGCAACGGCUUCGUGGGCAGCAACAUCCUGCAGCGCGCCGUGCAGAAGGGCAUCGAGGUGCGCAGCCUCAACCCGUCGGGCAAGCCGCAGUGGCAGGACGUGCCCUGGAUCGACCAGGUGGACUGGCACGAGGGCGACGUCUUCGACGACAAGCAGCUGGCCAAGGCCGUCGAGGGCGUCACGGGCGUCAUCUCGACGGUGGGCGCGUUCGGCAGCAACGAGUUCAUGGAGAAGCUGUGCGGCGACGCGACGAUUGUGGCGGCGCGCGCGGCGCAGAAGGCGGGCGUGGAGCGCUUCGUGUUCGUGUCCAACUCCCGCGUGGGCUCGUACUACCCGUCGUGGCUGCCCAUGUACGGCUACUACCAUGGGAAGGAGAGGGCGGAAGCCGCUGUGCAGGCCAGGUUCCCCGAGACGGGUGUGGCGCUGCGCCCGGGCUUCAUUUAUGGCUGGCGCCGCACGAAGAAGGGUCAAGGCAUCCCGCUGCAGCUUGUCGGCGCGCCGAUCUCGAUGCUGGCGCGCGACCUUGGCGCGGCCUCCACUGCGCUAGGCUAUGUGCCGUUCUUUGGUGAAGAGAUGAAAGCUGCUAUUCCUGUCGGCGCAGUCGCCAAGGCUGCAGUGCUCAGCGCAAUUGGACCGGUUCAUGGACAGACGCUGGACACGACGAGCAUGCUCGAGAUCGCCGCCUCGUUCCACGUCCAUGAAUGAACAAGAGCAGCAGUGGCCAGCUGAAAAAAUGACCGGCGAAGAUGAAAACUAACAACUU